AUAGAAAAUCGUGUCGACCUUUUUUCUCUCACUUACCCAAUAAGAGCUUUUUUCGCGUUUUCCACCGCAACCACCGUCACCUUCAACCGCCGGAGCCGCCGCAAGGAAGGCUCAUCAUCCGCCGUGGCGUAAGGCUUUUUCUUCUUCUCUUUCUCCCUUUUCUACGAUUUCGCGGUCGGUCGCUUCCUCGUAAUCUCGUGUGUUUAUUCCGGGAAAAUCGCGAUGGGAAACAAGUUAAAAUUUGAGAUUGAGAAUCAAGCAACUAAUUUCUUCGCAAGCUGAUAGAUCCAUGAGCUGAUUACCAAGUUUAUAUAACGAGAUUCAUCGUUGUUGUAUCUCUGAAUCCGAACGAUUUGGAAUCUAAAACUCAUUGGAUCGCUUUUUCUCAUAUCCGUCAUUUCUCCUUAGCUUAAUCACUUCUCUGAUUCAUAUCGCGAUUAGAUUCAGAAUUUUUUGAGGUGUACAAAGCAUUGCCUAUUUGACGAACCAGGAAAUGGUUAAAAGGCAUGGAGAGUUUUGAUUUACAAGAUAUAUCAUGUCGCAGUGCAUAGACGGUUUCAAGCAUGUAUGCUCCUCUUUUUUCCGGUGUUUUGAUAUCGAUAUUUACAAACAAUCUGGAGGCCUUGGUGACCCUGAACUUCUUGCGAGAGAGACAGUUUUUAGCGUGAGUGAAAUAGAGGCUCUCUAUGAGCUGUUUAAGAAAAUCAGCAGUGCUGUGAUUGAUGAUGGGCUAAUAAACAAGGAAGAAUUUCAGUUAGCCUUGUUCAAGACAAAUAAAAAAGAGAGCUUGUUUGCAGACCGGUACCAAUCACAGGUAUUCGAUUUGUUUGACACAAAGCAUAAUGGAAUACUGGGGUUUGAGGAGUUUGCGCGUGCUCUCUCUGUCUUUCAUCCAAAUGCUCCCAUAGAAGACAAGAUUGACUUUUCGUUUCAGCUAUAUGAUCUUAAGCAGCAAGGUUUCAUAGAGAGGCAAGAGGUGAAGCAAAUGGUGGUGGCUACUCUUGCUGAGUCCGGCAUGAACCUGUCAGACGAAAUCAUAGAGAGUAUAAUCGACAAGACAUUUGAGGAAGCUGAUACAAAACAUGACGGGAGGAUCGAUAAGGAAGAGUGGAGAACCCUUGUUCUCAGGCAUCCUUCCCUUCUAAAGAAUAUGACUCUCCAGUAUCUUAAGGAUAUAACAACUACAUUUCCGAGCUUUGUGUUCCACUCGCAGGUGGAAGAUACCUGAGAAAAACAAUAGCAUAUUAGCAGAGGAGACAAUUUGGGAAUUGUGUUUGUUUUCUGAUUAUGUAUCAUGUCUAUUUGUUUCAAUCUCUCUGAACAUUUUCAAGAUUUUGUUGUUACUUGUGUGAAUUAAAAGUAAAGAAAACAAAUCUGUAUUUUUGCUACUCCUGAUUUUGAUUGCUGAUUUUCU